AGAACGUGCGAGGCCAGUUCUCCCCUCCCGCUCAACACGUGUCACCAUUUGCAAUUCCCCAACUCCCAAUUUUUAAAAAGCCCACCCCAACAAGUAUCAACAAGCUAUAUCUACUUGUUUAAUUUCAUCAUCUUCAACUAUAUCCCAAAAGAGAAAAAAAACUCAUGAAGAAGAAGAAGAAAGAGCUUCUCCAUCCUCAACAAUGGCAGGUCAUCGUCCUCGUCGCGAACCAUCUCGAUCCGACGACACUAGCUCUCGCCUCCUGCGUCUCAAAGCUAUGGUUCCUCGCCAUGUCCUCCGAUCAUCUCUGGCAACCCAUCGUCGCCUCCACUUACCCUUCUCUCCCCGCCCUCCGCCUCGCGGACCCCGCCCUCCCUUACCGGAGGCUCUACGCCCUCGGGCGCGCCUCCGAUAAGCGGAGCUUCCAGAAGAAGCGGCAGCAGCCGCCGCUUCUCUGCAUGUCCGACCUCAUCUUCUCCGUCACCGUCUCCCUCGCUGGCUCCCCGGUCGCCGCCUUUGCCAAGUCCGGAAGCGAGCUCAGGGGCAUCAACGAAGACACGGUUUUCCUGUUCGACGUCGACGUCCCCGGCGGAGGCGGGGGAGUGGCGGACAUGGAGGAGGGGUUACGUGGGGACAGCUUGAGGGUCACGUGGGAGGCAGUGUUGGAGGGGUACACGUGUAAAUUCACAAUGCUAGAGUGGCGGGGAGGGGGAGGGCGGCGGCACUUUGCCGUGUCGGGGACGGAAGUGUUAUACUCGGAGGAGCUUCCGGCGCCGGGGUGCUGUGCCGCCGCCAGCGGACUGGCGGCGGAUGUGAGGGUGGGGUGGAAAGAGAAGAGUUGUGGGAGAGUAGUGGUGGAGAAGAUUAGGUUAGGGGUGAUGAGUGUGGUGAGUUGGAGGUAUGUUCAAGUGGUUGAUGCUCUUAGAUACUUGCAGCACUUUCUUUUGGAUUAGCAAUUAAAUUAAUGAGAUCUCCUUGUAUACAUUUGAACCACCCCAGCAUUGUUUUAAAUAUAUGGUCUAUAUUUGU